AUGGAACAAAUAGUCGUUAAAGUAGAACCUGAAGAACUAGUCGACGAUUCCGUAGGUGAUAUUUUGCUGAAGUACGAUAUACCAAGUACAUCUGCUGACCAAGAAAUGCUUUCAUCGUCUGGGAUAGCAGUAAAACAUGAAAUCAAAGAAUCAGAUGAUGAUGAAGUAUUGCUCAACAAAGGCCUAGGUUCAAUGAUGUACUAUGUGAGAUCUAAAACCAAUGAUAGUGAUGAAGAAAGUGAAGAUUUUGAUCAUGAAAUUGAAGAUUUCUUAUGCAAUAUUAAGGAAGAAGAAAGGUACAGUGACUUUUCUGAAGAAGAUGAUAAAAAUUUGUCAAACAAAGAAGAAAAAGAUGAAGAUGAAGCCAUGAUUGAGUCAAAAAUCGAGGUGGAAUAUCAUGGUUUGGAAUGUUAUGAAUCAGGGGCCGACAGUGAAGUUGUAAAUAAAGAAACACCGUUGAAAACAGAAGAAAAAGGCUUCGAAAAAAAUCCAGGCUACGAGUGCAAGGGACAAUUAGGUUUAAGUCGCGAGAAAGAAUGCUUAAAAGCGAGAGUUGGAGUUGGCGAAGUAAAGUUGUUUGAAUGUGACAUUUGUCCUAAGAAAUAUAAGACAAGAAGGAGUUUGACUUGUCAUAAAAAGUACGUUCAUGAAAAAGACAAUCUGAAGGAGUUGAAAUGUGGGCAUUGUGCUUUUGUGACUGCCAAUAGAAGUAAUUUAAAUGUACAUUUAAAAAUUCACGACAAAGAAAAAUAUUUGAGGUGUAAUUUCUGCGAGUUUAUGACUACCAAAUUGUAUUAUUUAAAUGCCCAUAUUAUAAGUAGGCAUAAAUCGGAAAAUAAAGGCGAAAAUAAAAUAAAAAUAACCAGUAAAAUCUACCAGUGUUCCAAUUGUUCAUACUCAGCUGUUUAUAAAUCGAGCUAUGACGCUCACAUAAAGGUUUGCCUAAAAUUGGAAAACGUACAACAAUAUGAAUGUCACCUUUGUCACUACAAAACCAUUCAUAAAUUUGGCUUAAAAAAACACAUGAAAAUCCAUAACAAAACAAAAGAAUUUAAAUGUUUGUUUUGUCCAAAAGAAAGUAACCAUAAAUACAAUUUGGACGGCCACAUUUUGACCAAGCAUUCACAUUUAUUGAACGAAUCCAAUAGAAGUAUCAUAACCUCCAAAGUGCAUUCCUGCCACCUCUGUAAUUACAAAACUACAAAUAUCGGUGAUUUAAAAAAACACGUUCAUGAAAAAGACAAACUGAAGCAGUUGAAAUGUGGGCAUUGUGCUUUUGUGACUGCGCAUAGAGGUAAUUUAAAUGUACAUUUAAAAAUUCACGAUAAAGAAAAAUCUUUGAGAUGUAAUUUCUGCGAGUUUACGACUACCAAAUUGACUAAUUUAAAUGCCCAUAUUAUAAGUAGGCACAAAUCGGAAAAUGAAGGCGAAAAUAAAAUAAAAAUAACCAGUAAAAUCUACCAGUGUUCCAAUUGUUCAUACUCAGCUGUUUAUAAAGCAAGCUAUGAAAGUCACAUAAAGGUUUGCCUGAAAUUGAAAAACCUACAACAAUAUGAAUGUCACGUUUGCCAAUACAAAACAAUUCAUAAAUUUCACUUAAAAAAUCACAUAAAAAUCCAUGAUAAAACAAAAGAAUUUAAAUGUUUGUUUUGUCCAAAAGAAAGUAACCAUAAAUACAAUUUGGACAACCACAUUCUAAUCAAGCAUUCAGAUAUGUUGAACGAAUCCAAUAGAAGUAUCAUAACCUCCAAAGUGCAUUCUUGCCAGCACUGUACUUAUAAAACUACAAAUAUCUGUGAUUUUAAAAAACACCUUCACAAAAAAGACAAA